CAAGGCUCUACUAUUUACUGUUAGUAGCUAACGCGAGUUAUCUCGCGUUAACUAAAUCCGACAACCAAGUGGAAAAUUAUUGUCAUCUCUGCACCCGUCAUACUAUGUGCCGUUAUCCCUUCGAUGACGUCAGUCCCAAUUGUAAAAAUAUCGAACAUGGGGACCUCGACCCCGAGGAAAUAAUAUCGAUAGUAAAUCAGCAUAAUUUGCGCCGAAAUUUCAUUGCAAGUGGGAAAGAGAUUCGCGGAAAUCCCGGACCGCAGCCACCAGCCAAAAAUAUGAUGGAACUAAGUUGGGACGAUGAGCUGGCGGUGCUUGCGCGAAGGUGGGCGCUCCAGUGUGUGCUGAGCAAAGAUGAGUGCAGGGAUGUAACGCGUUUUCAAGUAUGGCAGAACAUCAAUAUUUUGAACAUCGAUACCCUGGAAAUUAAUACUAAUAGCCUCAACCGUAUUAAACUUCAUAUCAAAACAUGGUCGGAUGACGUACAGAAUUUUGACUCUGCCGAAGUUGGGCUGGUAGACUUUGCAGAAGACAACCGGGGUCCGUACAUCGGAAUAGCAGCGGGGAACAUAACCCUGGUGGGUUGCGGUCGGGCGAUAUAUAGCCAGGGCUUGCGGGAAAGAGGACCAAGUACGAUGACUUCAACAAGCUCCUCCUUGUCCUUCUCUGGAUCCUCGGCGAUGGCAUCAGCGAAUCCACAAGCAGGAACACUGAAGCUCAAGCUCGCUCGUCCUCGUGGAAACAAGAGCAUCAGUAGCCUUGUUGGUGACUUUAACAGUGUACGAGGUCACCGGCUUGAGGUACUUGUCUGCAAUUACGGAGGUAUCGAUCGCACAACACCCCAGAAUCUCUACGAGGAUGGAAUGCCUGGGUACUGUCCCGAGGGUCUCACUAACAGUCCUCGCUACAAGUAUUUGUGUCGUAAAAAGAAGAAAGAAAAGGAACAAUGGAGCAUUGUCGGCAAUACACGAAGUUCGAGUUAUAUUGUUCGACAGUCAGCCUCAAAGCUAUUUCUAUUUAUCCUCUACCAAUAUCUUAUGAAUGGUCUAUUGUCUAGUGGAUUUACAGCACAGCAAUAAAAAUUUAAUGAUCCACGAGGGAAUGUGAUUAUGAACUUCACCAUUAUCUUCAUGCACUCGGCUCAUCUGGACUUAGAUAUCUACUUCAACAUCUUCGUCGAUCUUUAUAAGACUUGUUCUGUACUUUUUUCCUUAUUUUCGUCACCUGCGUCCUAAAACCUGGAAGUGGCGCCCGAUUGACUAAAAAGAUAUCCGACAAACAAUGCGACAAUUGACAAUAGUGUGCACCCGUUGUCUCUUUUACACUCUCUCAAUUUGCUCCCUGCGGGUAACUUUAAAAAAUAAAAAUAAUAAUGAAGGAAAAAGGAGCACAGAGAUGAGUAGAGUAGAACAAAACAGAACAAACAAAAAACACAAAGUUUGCUAUGACAAUUAGCAACUCACUUUUGUAUCCCCCUUUUCUCCCAAAGAAAAGAAUAAAUAUAAAAAAAAAGUAAACUCUACUUGAGAAGAAACAACUCGGCACUCUACUUUUUUAUCUGGGGGUUAUAAUUGGCUCAACACUUGUACCUAAUU